UUGUUUUUAAAGUCUUCCUCCGCGACCGGCGCGUCACUACUGGCGAGGUCACGUGACAGUAGCGGUCGGAGACGGUUAUAUGAUUGCUUAUUAGCCCAGGGGGAGCCCCCCGUAACAGCACAGCAGCAGCAGGAGGCGGCGGCGGCUGGAGCAAGUCAUCGGGAUACUGGGGCUGGGGGGGAACCGACAGUGAAGCCCGGCCCCCCAGCCACUCAUAUAAACACCGACCGUGAGCGGCCCCCGCUGUCACACAGGGCCCCGGGGAGGGAGGCUCAUCUCCCCGCUAACCGUCCUGCCGGCUGGCCUCAGCCCUGUGCUUGCAGCGGAGAGGGACACCCCGGGUGGGAGCUGCAGCCAUGUCAUCUCCCAGCCCGGGCAAGAGGCGGAUGGACACUGAUGUGGUCAAACUAAUUGAAAGCAAGCAUGAAGUUACAAUUCUAGGAGGACUCAAUGAAUUUAUAGUGAAAUUUUAUGGACCACAAGGAACACCAUAUGAAGGUGGCGUGUGGAAAGUUCGUGUGGACCUUCCUGAUAAAUAUCCUUUCAAAUCUCCUUCUAUAGGGUUCAUGAACAAAAUAUUUCAUCCAAAUAUUGAUGAAGCGUCAGGUACAGUGUGUCUAGAUGUCAUCAAUCAAACCUGGACAGCUCUUUAUGAUCUCACAAAUAUAUUUGAAUCCUUUCUGCCCCAAUUGCUGGCCUACCCUAACCCAAUAGAUCCACUGAAUGGAGAUGCAGCAGCUAUGUAUCUCCAUCGACCAGAAGAAUACAAACAAAAAAUUAAAGAAUACAUCCAGAAAUAUGCAACAGAAGAGGCCCUGAAAGAACAGGAAGAGCGCACAGGGGACAGCUCAUCUGAAAGCUCAAUGUCUGACUUCUCUGAAGAUGAAGCUCAAGACAUGGAGUUGUAGUAGAUACAAUCUGCUUUUUGGAAGCGAAAAAGACUGAUUUCCUAACCAUGAAAAGCAGACUAUAAUAUUCAUAUUUAAACAAAGCAAUUUUUUUUAUUACUAAAACAAUGUUUUUAUGAAUAAUAGCAUUGAUAUAUCAUCACCCUUUAGGUCUUGAUCUUCCCCGUCAUUUCUCAACCCAAUGUGCAUAGCGUAUUCCCACAUUCCAUUUUGGUAGCUGUGUGCAUGAGUUCAGCAGUCAAACAUUGUGUGCUACUUGAACUCUGUCUAAGGGGGAAAAAAGCAAAAAAAAGAUAAAAUCCCACAAAAACGCAACAUAACUGGCUGCUGUGAUGCAUAGUUUGCAAGUAGUGUCGUCAUUUUAUCAGCGCCCUGCCAAGUGGAACACGCCUCGGACUCUGUGCUGGAACUUUGCAUUCUCCAAAGCUAAUGAUGAACUUUUAAGGCAUACUGUAUUAAGAACGUCUUUAGAUUACAGAUGCAAACUUCAAAAGAAUAUUUGGUUUUGUGGGUCACCCUUUAUUUUUAUUUUCUUACCCAAAGUCUGCACAUUAGUUUGACAAAAAAAAACAAAAACAUAAGAGCCCAAUGAGAGCUGGACUUUAUAGAUGCCUCUUGGAUUUUAAGUACUUAUAAAUAUAUUAUAUAUUUUUUUUUUUUUUUUAGUCCCCUCUCACUUUUUGUUUGUUUUUUUUAAAUUGUGGAAUCAUCUCCCCUUUUUAGGCCAAGGUGGGAAGAUGCUUAGACCACUGGUAUAUUGGUGCCAUCUUGGAGGAUUUCAGUCACUUGGUUGGAGCCGGGGGUGGGCUGAACUUCACUGGUGGUAAAGUGACCCAUAGUCAUUUUUCCCCUUUUAGAAAAUGAGGGUGGUGAAUUGUAUGACUUAAUUUACUUUAAAAUAUAGAGACGGCUACA